AUGGCGGAUGCAAGAGAAUUGCAGACCAAUUUGACCGAAUAUCGCGCUCAAUUAAGACAGGCAAGUUACCUAAUUCGACAAUUUUACGGUCUUAUUUUGAAUGAUACGUACAUAUGAUAACGAUGAAUAUGAAAGAUGGAACAAAGGGUUCGAUUUGCUGUCUAGAACAAGUCUAGGUUUUUUGACUUAUCCACUUGAAAGACGAUUUUGUUGACAUGUGGAAUGUAUUGUGGUUUCUUUAUCAGCGACUUUGUCAUGAAGUAGAAACUGUUCAGUUGUUAAGAGGGAGUAAGGGGUUUUCUAGCAAUACGAAAUUAGUUAGAUUUUGUUAUUGAAUACCAGCUGCUAAACCCUAAUUAUACUCUCGAUAGAAAAAUUAUACUUCUUAAUAUUCUUACUUUUAACAAAUCUUAGAAUUGUCUUUUUAUAAUGUAUGUAACGCUGAUCUUGAAGGUGGUCUGUCUUGUGAGGGGUAAAUGACUCUUUUGUAGAUUAUUCUUAUACCCUCUUUUUUCAUCUACUGUACAUGUAUUGUGAAGAGUGCUAGUGAUUAAAUGAUAAAUAGAUGAUGGAAAAAAAUUAUUGAUUGUCAUUUUAUACAAUAAUAUUAUUGGAUGGUUUUUUGCGAUAUCCAUAAUAAUCAAGGUCCAGGUAAGUGUUAUUAGUUGUUUUUGUUGAGAUAACAUUGAACACACCAUUGCAUAGAACAAAGUGAGACAUUCCUCUUCGAAAUCAUGCAUUGUGCGGGCAACCUACAGAUUAGUCAGUUAUCUUCUAGCAGUUACCUAACUUAUCUGUAGGUUGCGCUGAUUUCCAAAAUUUGCGCUAUGUUUUUAGCCAAUGAGAAGACAGAUAGUGAACACCAUGUAUAAAAAUAAAGUUUAUUUUUAUGAGGGGAAAAGUUACCAUGUAACAUUUGGGUAUUCUAAAUAGGUUGAAGCAGCAUUGACUACAGACCCAGGGAAUGAAGAACUAAAGAAACUAAAACAGGAUUUAGAAGUAAGUUUGAGUUUUUGGUCAUUAACGUUUUUGCCACAAAUUCUUGGAUUCAUAUAUUGUUUUUUUGUAUGACUUUUGGUACAACUUGUUGAACUAGGACUAGCAGACUUGGAUGACAUUUAUUUUAACAAUGAUUUUUUUUUUCUCUUGUCCAGGAAGUGAUCAAUCUUACAUUAGACCUUUUAAAAGUAAACGAGGUAGGAGCCAUGAUCUCUAUGAUGUUAUUUUACAGCUGUACAUGCACAACAAACAGAACAGGGGAAAACAAAGUACAGUGGAACCCACAUAUUUAACAUGUACAGACACAAAUGGGACAUUCCACAGUGUCCGUAUUGUCUAAUUGUCUGUAUUAAACAGGCCCUCCGAAAAAAUGCCACGGACACUGUUUUAUUGGUUAUGUUACAGACAUUCUGUACAAAAGAGCUUGGGACAUAGAAACGUUUUUGUUGUCUAUAUUAACUGAUUGCCAUAUUAGGUGGGUUUUUGUCAGGACAAAUGAAACUGUGUGUUAUACAGUGGAUUUAUAUGGAUGUUCAUUUUAAGUUGGUGUCCGAAGAGCAGGGUUCCACUGUGAGUUCCACUGUACUGACAAACCCCAUUAUGUAGUCAGUGAAGGGCCAUGAGAAUAUACUUCCUGCGAAAUGCUCCCCUUUGACCUGCUCAGCUUUUUAGAAAUACAAUGUAUCUCUGGUCCCAAAAGCGGGUUGGGGGCUUAUUAUAUUUGUACAAAAAACAAGCUUCUAAAGUUGGAGGCUCAUUAUCAUCAUUAGAAGGGGGAUUAAAAGAUUAAUGGAGAGGGAGUGCUUAAUGGAACCUUAAAAGUACUAAAAUUACACAUUAUUAAUCAUUUGUACUAGUUAAUGCUUAUUAAACUACAUUUACAGUCGACCCUCUCUUAACGAACACCUCUAUAAGACAGACACCUCUGUAAAACGGACACUUAGAGUUGGUCCCUUCCUUUCUUUGCUCCUUUUAUUUGACUCUCUAUAAGACAGACAUCUCUCUAAGACCAACAGCUAGUGCCGGUCCCAAAGGUGUCCGUCUUAGAGUGAUUUGACUGUAUUACCUAUCUGUCUGUUAUUCUGUGUACUUUACAUGUUAUAUUAGUAUAAUCUUACAUGACUUGUAUUUUCUUUUCAGAAAGGAAGUACAAGCACUGGUUCCACAUGGAAAGUAGGGGAUAGAUGCCAAGCAGUAUGGAGUCAAGAUGGCAGGUAAACUGUUACUAAGUAAUAUGCUUUGGUUUUCUGAAUAAGGUACACUUUAUUGACAAGUUCCCCAUACAUGAUUGUAGUUUUAACUUACAAGCUGUAGAUUUUCCUAACAAUAAUAAUGAAAUGUAAUAUCCUCAUUGUAUACUUGAGAAAUGAACUUUUCAUGAAAAACAAUGCUGAAAAAUGGCAUUUCUGACAGUGUACAAGUAGUAUAAUGGAACACUGGGAGACAGAACUAACUCUUUUGCUGACACGAACCAGAGGCCUGGGCUGGCUAGGAGGAAUUGUGUUUUUUUUUCUGAGUUCAUUAUGUUUAGUUGUAUGUUGCAAAUUUGAAUCAGUUUAGGUCAGCAUUCAUUUGAGCUCCUAACUUUUAUUUGCCAAUUUUGUUAUAUGUGUUCGUAGACAUUUGGCAAUUGUUAGCUUUUGUGUACCUCUGCCCCUAAGUUGUCGACACCGCAUGAAAAAAUCAUUUGAUUACCUAGCCUCCCAGGCAGAUGUUCUUAGGGGUUCGUCACGCGUUCCUGCCCCACGAACGUCUGCUGAUCCGCAAGAUAAAUUCCUUUCCCAUUGUUCUCAAAUAUCGGCUGGACAUACCUUGGAGAUUAUCAGAGAUCCAAUCGGCGCUGUUGAAGUCAACGUGUUGACAAGCCAAACGCAUACGUACAAGCACUGUAGAGUGUGAUAUGUGGGCAAAGAUUUUUGCUCCAGACGAGAAUAUAGGAGAUAAGCAUUGGCUUUUUGUACAUUUUUCUCUGUAAAGACUGGAUUAGAUGUCAUUUGCUCAUAAAAUUGUUCUUUGGGUGAUGCAACGGCGGGGUUACCUUAUAAGACUGAACAAAAGGCAGAAUUUUUUUUUCACAUGUUAUUGUUUUAUAGUAAAGCCGACUUCCGUUCAGCAAAUUUAACCUCCAAGGUAAUUUUUUUUUAAUGAAAUUGUGUGGGUAGCCAUUAGUACGAACGCUUGUGAGUUAACUGAGUAGUUUGUUCUAAAACUGUGAGGUCGUCACCUUUCAUGAGACCUUUCUGAUCUUUUCUGGAGCUAUAAAGUCAAGUGCGAAAUUUCUCAAGGUCCAAAGUGCACUUCCCAGAUCUGGAAGUCUGCUGUGAUUGGUCUGUGUUUUUUUCUGCCCAAGUCAGCAGACGUUCGUGGGGCAGGAAUGGUGACGAACCCCUAAGAACGUCUGUGUGGGAGGCUAUUGAUUACCUACAUGUAAACAUAUUAUCUGCUGUCAUACAUUCAAGAUGCUUUUUAAAGACUAUUAUCUUUGAAGUUCAAAAAAAACAUAAUUUUCUAUUUCAGCUAUUAUGAUGCUACUGUUGAUAGUAUAUCUGAUGACCUCACAACCUGCACUGUUUCAUUUGAUAAGUAUGGGAAUACAGAGAUUGUUAAGGUCAGUGCCUAUAAUUUGAUCCAUCUCUGUACACACUCUCAUUGCUUUAACAAAAUAUUGUUAUUUAUAACAGUUUUGCACUAAUUUUGCUUUGUCUCAUGUACGAAUGGUAUUUCAAAUAGGUAUCAUCUUUAAGGCAUACAGAUCAAGCCCGAAUAGAAAGGCCAUCAGAGGGAUCAGAAUCUUCCGCAAGCACCUCAAAGAAAUCAAGGUAAUACAUGUACAGACAUAAAAACAGUGAAAAUGGCGUGAAAGUUUUUUUUGUACAAUGUAAUAAUAUUACUGCUGGCCAUAAAAUUAGUGUACUUAUAUGUCAUUGUAAUUAUUAUUAUUAGGAGUCUUAUUAUGCUGCAUGUUUUUUGGUCUGUCAACUGUACAUAGACAACUAAGUUAUUUUAUAAUGAAAUUAUCGCAGGGCUGGUGAAAAUGCUCUACAAGAACAAAAAAGAAAGAAGAAUAAGAUGUUAAAGAAGAAACAAAAAGCAAAGGUACAUCUGAAACGUGUGUCACAUAGUGAAAUGAAAGGAAACAUAUUGUUUGAAGUAAAAUUUAUCAUGUUUUAGACAUUUCUGAUGUUGGCAGGAGUAGUUUCAGAGAACAUAUUACAGUGUAUGUACAGUACUAAUAUUACUAUUACAGCCAUUUUGAAUUUUUUCUGUUUUGUAUUACUUUGUAGGAACUUGAAGAACUGAGGGAAAAGGGCAAGCAAAACUGGCUGGACUUUUUUAACAAUUCAAAGGUUAUUGUCCAAGCAAGAUAGUAGUUACAUGUACAUUCUAUAUAGAAAUAGCUAUGAAGCUGUACAUAAACAAGAAUCUCUGCCUGUUUAGUUAAUGGUGAUCUUAAUCUUCUCUAGUUUCGUACAGCUGUAGCUAACAUGAGACUGUAUGCAAACAAGAAAAAACAUAAACAUAACCUUUUCCUUCAUCUUCUAACUUUCUAACAAAAAUAUUAGAAAUAGGCCAUGGGACAGAAGAUUGUUUUCUUUUUUUAUGUACCGUUAAUUCUCCCAAACUUUAGUCUGUUUAUCAUUGAAUGACUCCUCAGCAAUGAUUUUUCAUUGUUCUUAGCCUACCAGAAUGUCAAGGAGUCUAGAAACCCAAUGUAAAACAAGUUGAAAGGCACAUGUUUUUGUUUCCAAUGAUAAAUACUAACCUCAACUGAAAUUAAAAUCCUGUAUUAUCACUAUUGUUUUUAAUUACCAGGCCCUGAAUUUUUUGCUUAGUACCUCAGUCAAAUUUUAUGGAUUUUUGUGUUAACAUUUACUACAUAUACAUGUACAUGCAAUGUUUAUAGGGUGGUGGAUCAAGUAAAUCAGGCAAAAGCUUAAAAGGAGUUUCCAAGAAAAGCAUAUUUGCCUCUCCAGACACAAUCCAAGGAAAGGCAAGUAUUACCAAAACUAGAAAUAUGUUAUCUCAAAAAUCUUGCAAAGCUGUGAAGGGUCACCAGUGAGAAUAAAGGGACACAAGCCAAAGGGAAAAAUAUGAUGAAAAAAAGACAAAACAGAAACAAAAGGUACAAAGACAACAGAACUUGGACUUAUGCCAUGAUAAACCUCCUGCUCCCAGACGACUGGACCAUGCCUCCCCUGGACUAUUAACAACAGAAAAUUAA